GUGCAGUUUAUCUCAUUAGAUCACUGAUGACUAGAUUUUGUUGAACUCCGAUUCACUGCAAGAUUCUCGGCGACCUCAAUAAGUAAUUGCGGACGGUAAACUAGUCCCAUCACAUUUCUUGGACUGCAAGAUCACUCGAUAAUGAUAUCGAGGUCGGCAUCCCACUCCGAUACUCGACCUUUGAGUUAUGUUCGAUAAGAAAAUACACUUUUUUGCCACACACUCGGGAUUCACUCAGGGUCCACAGUUCCGAAUCGUGCUUCUUCGAUCCACCUAUAAGGAAGAUGGCUUCGAGUCGUUCAUCCACUAUGGUACUGGGUUUAUGAACGGGUCCGACUCCCAAGAUUUCCUCCGCACAGGCGACCACUCUGUCCGUGGCCAGGACUUCGCAGAUGCCACGAACAAGCCUGCAUUCUUAGCAUGGCCCACAAUAUGCAUCUCCGUCACUCAGGCUGUAUCAAUCUUCAAGUCCCGGCUAAAUUCUCGCCGUAGAGCUCUACCAGGCGCAACCAUUCUGCCAACUGAUUAGCAGAACGUCCGAGUCCUGCCCACAACACGAUUUUCAGGGUAUAAAAGCAAGCCGUCUU